AUGGACGAACACUACAAAUCUGGAAGCCUCAGCCUGACGGGCGCCGUCGCCAUGGGUACGGGCGUGAUGAUCGGCGCCGGUAUUUUCGCCCUGACAGGCCAAGUUGCCGAGUUGGCGGGACCGCUCUUCCCGCUCGCUUUUCUCGUCGCUGCGAUCGUCAGCGGUUUCAGCGCCUACAGCUACGUGAUGAUGUCUCGGGCUUAUCCUUCGGCCGGCGGCAUCGCCAUGUUCUUGAAGGAAGCCUACGGCCGCGGCGUGAUGACCGGCGCCUGCGCGCUCUUGAUGCUGCUUUCGAUGAUCAUCAACGAGAGCUUGGUCGCCCGCACGUUCGGCACCUACGCGCUGCAGCUSUUCGAUGUUGAUAAGGAUUCGAGUCUGGUGCCGGUGAUCGGGGUGGUGCUCAUCGGUGUCGCCUUCCUAGUGAACGUGGCGAAGAACGAGGUCAUCAGCCGCAUCUCGCUGGUCGCGGCUUUCCUUAAGAUCGGCGGCAUCAUCGCCUUCGCCCUGGUCACGUUGUGGGCCGCCGACUUCGGCUUUGCCGCCGCCGAGUUGAGCGGCGGGGCCGAAUCGAGCGGUCUCGGUGGUUUUAUCGCUGCCGUCGCGCUCGGUAUCUUGGCCUAUAAGGGCUUCACCACGAUUACGAACGACGGCGACGAGCUCGAAGAAGCCGACAAGAACAUCGGCCGAGCCAUCGUCAUCUCCAUGGUGAUCUGUCUAGCGGUUUACCUGCUCGUGGCCUGGGCCGUGGGCUCGAACCUCUCGAUCGCAGAGAUUGUCAAGGCCAAAGACUACUCGUUGGCCGAAGCGGCCCGCCCGGCGCUCGGCAACUACGGACUCUGGCUCACCGUUGCGGUGGCCUUGAUCGCCACCGCCUCGGGCCUGAUGGCCAGCAUGUUCGCCGUCUCGAGGAUGCUGGCCAUGGUCACCAAGAUGGAGCUGAUGCCGCACCGCCACUUCGGCAUGGGCGGGCAUAUUCAGACCCACACGCUGGUCUACACCGCGGUGCUCGCCGGCCUGCUGACGAUCUUCUUCGAUCUGAGCCGGAUUGCGUCCCUGGGGGCGAUUUUCUACUUGGUCAUGGACUUCGCGGUCCAUUGGGGCGUCUUUCGCCAUCUUCGCGAGAAGGUCGGAGCCCGUGGCUGGGUUCUAGUCACCGCGAUGGGCCUCGAUGUCGUUGUGCUGACCGCGUUCCUGUGGAGCAAGGCUUCGAGCGAUGUGGCGAUUCUGUUCUGGGGAGUCGGCGGCGUCCUGGCUGUUUUCGCCACGGAAAAGGUAUUCCUCGCACAUCACGAAUAUUCCGAAGGCGAAGAUCCCAAUUACACCAACCCUAGCGAGCAUGGCGAGUAG